GAUUGGCUGCUUCCACACUGGUGCUGAUGUGGUGUUCUGAAGUUAGCUAGCCUUUCGACCGAUUCAGACAUAUUCUUUGGUUUAUUUGUAACUUUGCUUCGUUUGAAAAACAUGCCUUACUAUCAGACUUGGGAGGAGUUCGCCCGUGCAGCGGAAAAACUGUAUCUGACAGACCCGAUGAAGGUUCGUGUGGUUCUCAAGUACAGACACUGCGACGGCAACCUUUGCAUCAAAGUGACCGACAAUGCCGUGUGUUUACAGUACAAGACAGACCAGGCCCAGGACGUGAAGAAGAUCGAGAAGCUCCACGGAAAACUGAUGAGACUCAUGGUGUCCAAGGAGACGCAUAGUGGGUCCAUGGAGACGGACUAAAACGCUCUCCAGGCACCGGCCUUCUAGAGCACCCGGACUGAGUUCAGUGGACACAAUGGUUGAUGAGAGCACAUUACCAUCUGAGUGCAACGUGGAGACUGAGAGAUGGGAAUGUGGUGAUUGAUCUGGCUGCCUACACUGAUUUAAUACCACUAGGGACGUGUCAUAUAUAUAUAUACUGUAUAUAUUUUAUUCAAUCAGGAUUUCUUAUGAUACGUUCUUCAUAAAAAAAAAUCCACUUUUCCUGUGUUUUUUUUUCUUAUCAGGCAUUGUGAUCUCAUCCCUGAUGGUAUUAACACAAAGUAUUGUCAGUGUAGGCUGCUGGGAAAUUAUAGGAAAUGAAGAGGUUGUGAAGUGGAGAGGGUUUGGGGUAAUGUGGGCCAAAGUGUCCAAAAAUUACAAAUCCUCUGCUGCAGUGUAAGCAGCUUUGGCACCUGGAUUUUUUUUUUAAAGGAGCUUGGGUUCAGCUUCAGUUUUAAAGCUGCCAAAAAGGUGUUUUUUUUGUCGUAUUCGGUUUAAGCACAGCGAUUGUUUUCUUUUCUUUUUUUUUUUCAUCAUGGACUUGUGCCACAUGAAUGAAGCAGGACCUUCUGAUUUCCUAAGGGACAGUGUGGAGGACCCCCCUAUACACACACCUCCAAAUGCCAUUUUAUAGUCUGAGAAUCAUUACGUAAUAAAUGUUUAUUUACCCCAGUACAGCGAGUACCUCUCCUCUAUUCAU